CACCUGUAGUACAAGGAUUUAUGUUGAAUUGAAGAAAGGCAGACUACCAUGAAUACUUACCAGUUUGUUUUACUUUCAAUUUUCGUAUUCACACUAUGUUUCUGGUGUGGUUAUAUUGUGAAGCAAAACGAGAAGGGGUUGAUAGAACAGAUUCGGUCAACCCCAAACUUGACUGACACGGCUGUGCCUACUCCUGGUUUCAACGAGGAUGCCCUGCAGAAGAUUUCGAAGGACGACCCUAAAUGGCUGCAGUUAUAUGAGCGUGAACCAAAGCACAGACCCAACUUCACCUACUUGAUCUCGGAACAUUCCAAAUGCAGGGAUGUUAUGCCUUUUGUGGUCAUUUUCAUUGCAUCUCAUCCAAGUGAAGUCCAAGCGAGACUGGCAAUUAGAGCUUCUUGGGCUAGUAAGAAGCAAUGGUAUGGAAAAUCUGUUCUCGCCUUGUUUUUAAUAGGCAACGAAAGCAGAGAGCAAACAGGAAAAUUAUAUUUAGAACAUGAAAAAUACAGAGAUAUGAUAAUGCAAGACUUUCUAGAUACCCAUAAAAAUCUAACACAUAAAACGAGAAUGGCUUUUCAGUGGCUGCAUGAUUUCUGCCCAAAGGCUCAGUACAUUAUGAAAACUGAUUCGGAUGUAUUUGUUAAUCCUGGCAAUUUGGUCAAUUAUCUGCUCAACUUGAAGGAAGAAUCUUCACAGACAUUGUUCACAGGCUAUUGGUUGCAAGGUGCUCCCAUCAGAAACAAAAGACUUAAAUACUAUGUCUCCUCUGAAGAGUACCCUCUUGAUGUAUUUCCCCCCUAUUGCAGUGGGCUGGGUUAUGUUAUUUCAGGGAAUCUAGCCCUGCGGAUUUACAUGAUGAUGUGCCAUGUCAUGCCAUUCACGAAUGAAGAUGCCUAUGUAGGAGUUUGUUUAAGAUUAUUGGGAGGUCAGGUACAUAUGCCUGAUGACAACCUCUUCUUCAUCCAAAGAAUUGAACUUGAAGAUAAAAUUCAACAUUUGAUUGCAGCCCAUUGGGUGGAUCCUGUAGCCAUGAAACGUCAUUGGGAGACACUCCAGAAGACAUAGGAGGAUUUUAUUGCAAACCACUAAAUAUUAUGUUAAUUAUACGAUUAAAGUUGACAAUGAUGUCAAUAUACCAAUGCACAACUGAAGAGGAAAGUGACGAAAGCUCACUUUUAUUUCUGGGGACUGCGUGUGCACACAGUUUGUGUUUCUAACCGUACCGAUACCCCAUUUUUGUUACAGUUGCUUGGAUUAUUCUGAUCUUUCUUCCUGGGCACUUAUCUUUUUAUACUUAAAAAAAAAAGUAAAAAAAGUAUUUAGUCCUUUGUAAGGAAGUACAAAAGCUCACAGCAGAUAAUAAAUGAUAUUACCAGAUAUUGCGUUAUUUCUCAGUAAUUAUUGCAUUGUUAAGAGAUACUAUUGGGUUAUUUCCCAAUAAUUAUUUUUUACAUUUUUACUUGUUUUCAGCUCUUGAACAGUUGCAUAUUUCAAGUUAGCUAUAACAUUUGAUAAGUACUUAACACAACUAUAACACACUGGUAGUUUAUUAAGUGCAAUUAAAAUCUUUCAUUUGUUCUGAUUUAACAAUGCGAACCGAUUGCAUUGUCAUGUCACAAAAGGCUGAAAAUGAAAUACUAAACAAUACAGUAAUGGCAAGUAGUAAAGCUUUGAAUGUGUUUUAUUAUGUUUUCCUUAAAUCCAUAUGUUUUUUUUUCCCCCUCACAUUUUCUGAAAUUCAGCAAUACAAACAUCACAUUUGGUAAUACAUACCGCAUUCUGGGAGAAUAUAUAACCAAAACUACUACCUCUAUUGCAUCAUUACAGGUUUGUUUUUUCAUCCAGAGUGACAUUAACAUUCAUUUCCUAUUAGAUUACUAGGCUGACGUAUAUAACGUAUGUUGGUAGUUCACUGUUAUUUGUUCAUAUUAUCUCUGAGACCAAUGUAAAAAGACAAUCUAGAUUUACUUUAUGUGUGCGUGAGAAAAAAAUUCACUAAGCUUUACAAUAACCAGUGCACCUUUUGGCAAAGCAGUUAUUAGCAAGCAAACAAAAAAUAAGGCAGCAGAUGUGUUUCAAUCAAAACAGAACUGGAUUCCUAGGUUUCUAGUUAUAGUGGCAAUUUAUUUUUAUUUGUAUUAAUACUUCUCUGUUCUUCUCUUACAAAUUAAGGACUCAUUUAACAUAUUGUUAGAGUUAAUAUAUUAAACCAUACAUUUCCGUCACAUUUAAAUUAUAUAGAAUACUGAAUUUAACUGAAAUCAGGUACUGAAAUUCUGUUCCAGUAAUAGGAUUAACCAUUCUUCUUUUCUUCUAUGUGUGAAUCUAGAAUUCAAGGCAUGGAUAUUUUAUAAAAUUAUGGCUGGUUGUAAAAAAGGAAAAACAAAACUAUGAACCAUGUCAGACAUGAUUAUACUGAAGAACUAAGAUCACAUAAAGCCUGUUGUAAGAGGGUGUACCUCCCUUGUCUGUUUUUGAAAUUGUGAAAGCUUUAUGGGAGCAGGAUUAAUCUGAAUAUGGAAAUAAAAGGACUGCCUUACCUUUGCUUUGUUAUUGUUCAGUGGCUAAAGAUCUGGAA